AUGAAACGAAUUAAAUUGAUCAUCAUACUACACACAAUUGCUUUACUGUUAGUGUCAAUCAGUUCUAUUUUGGGUCUUUGUCCCCAGAAUUGCACAUGUGACAAUGAAUAUCAGUUAGCUGCAAAUUGCAACAAUGUUAAAUUACGAUAUCUUCCAUCUUUGCUACAUCCCGGCAUUCAAUCGUUGAGAUUAUCAAAAUGCCAAAUUGAACAACUUGAUGUUGAUAUCAUGGAAUUAUAUCCAGAUAUAAUACAUUUGGAUUUAUCCAGUAAUCAUAUUUCUAUGCUUGCAAAUAACGUUUUCCGAUAUCAAGGAAAAACUGAAAUUUUGAAUUUGAGCAAUAAUAAUUUUCCGGUUGUAUUCCGCAAUAGCUUCCGGGGUCUACACAGAUUGCAAUCUCUCGAUUUAUCUUCUGGUAAAUUGCAAACGAUUGAAUGGAAUGCUCUAAAACAUAUGCCGGAAUUGUUGGAACUUGAUCUAUCAUAUAACAUACUUCAGAAUUUAUCAUUUGCAACAUUUAUUGGUUUAAAAAAAUUGGAAAAACUGAUAGUUGCCGGAAAUCAAAUUACUUAUCUGAAUGAUGGUCCCCUAUCCAGAAUAUUACCUAAUUUACGAACUAUUGAUUUGAGUAAAAAUAUGAUUACAACAAUUGCAACUGAUACAUUUUUUGGAUUAAAUUUAAUAAAAACAAUUGAUUUAUCAGCAAAUUUCUUACGAGAGAUUCCUGUUUUUGGCCAUAAUAAUCUUAUAAACUUGGAAUAUUUGAAUAUUAGCUUUAACAAGCUAAAAAAAAUUGAAUCACAUAACUUUCGACAACUUCAAUCCCUAUUAGAAUUGGAUUUAACUGAUAAUGAAUUCUCAAUCUUGCCUGCAUUAUCAUUCGAUGGAUUGUUUCGAUUAAAACAACUCAAAUUAAGUGAACAACAAUAUCUACGAGAAAUUCAGAGCGGUGCAUUUUUCGGUCUAGCAUCUUUGGAAGUACUAAAUCUAAGUUACAGUAAUCUCUUGGAAUAUAUUGAUGAGAAUGCUUUUGAAGUUAGCCAUGCUUUACGCAUUUUCAAUGUUCGCUUCUGUGCUCUAAAAACUUUUCCGCCCACUUUACUUGACUGGAAAAGAGUAGCCGAGUUACAUUUAUAUGGUAAUCCAUUUCAUUGUGAUUAUAAAUUAUUGACUUUCUUACCGGAUGUUUUACGUUUACGAUCAAUUCAUGAUGUUAUUUGCGCCACUCCGGAUGAAUUGCGCAACAUUAGCAUUUCAUCUUUGGAUACUGUAGAGGUGACGCUAGAAGAUGUUAAACAAACUCUUAUUAUCCUUUGCUCCACAUUAACUUUCUUAACUGCAAUUAUUAUACUGAUACUUUUCUCAUAUUCGAGAAUAACUCUGAUCAAUGAUCAAAUCAGGAAAUCAAAAUCAUCAACUGUUAAUCAACAAUUCGGUCCAAAUUCGCAAUGUA